AUCAGAAAUGAGUGAGUACAGGCCCACAUUACAUCCAGACUUCUUUACACCAGCGUACAACAUAUCUGCUGCUGUUGGUGCAGGUCUAUGGGAUGCUUUUGAUGAAGUUGAAGAGAUGGACGAUGGUGGAGAUGGAGCAAAUGCUGCUGGUGCAGAUGAAGAAUCUGAUAUAAUUUACAUCAAACAGCUACGAGGAGGACGACACCCAAUAGAUUUGAAUGUUUCUAGUGACAUCAACAACAAAUUGCUCAAGAAAGAAACAUGGAAAAUAAAAAAAGAAGUGCUAAGAAAGCCAACAAUGCAUCUUGCAUCAGCUGACAUCAAUAUGAUGGAUGUCAUUGGCAUCAUCGACACAUUUGACAGACCAGGAGAUGCGUACACAGAAGACACAUACGCUCGAUGUGGAACACAUGCAGUAGCUUUCGAGGACGAGCCAGGAAAGAGACUCCCUAAAGCUGGAGCUCAAUGUGAAGCAGGAGUGGGUCGAGCUCGUGCUGAAUUCAGUGUGUUUGAAGCAGAAGCUAAAGGUCCGAACGCCUCGGCCGGUGCUGAAGCAAGCGUAGGUGCACUCGGAGCUAGUGCGAUGGCUCGAGCUGAAGUUGCCAGCGUGUGUGCUAAAGCCGGACCGGUUGGUGUGAAGGUGGGGCUUGGGGUGGACACAGGGGUAUCUGUUGGUCUGGGUGGAUUCGAGGCAAAAUUCCUGGGAUUUGGAUUUACAAUUGGUCCAAAAACUAGUAUUUCUCUUCUGGGUUCAGAAGUGUCAUGUUCAGUCAUGUAGUCA